AUGUAUGCAGAUGACACUAAUCUUACAUAUUCUGGUAGCGAUACAAACACUAUUCAAUUUCAUCUUAACGAAGACUUGGAAAACAUUAAUGAAUGGUUAAUAUCAAAUAAACUUACUUUAAAUAUGACUAAAACUGAGUACAUGUUAAUUGGGUCGAGACAACGUUUAAGUACUCUCUCUGACAAUCCUUCUUUUGAAAUAAAUGGAAUUCCUUUAGAUCGAGUUUCGACAACAAAAUCACUUGGUGUCUUAUUAGACGAAAAUCUUACUUGGAGUAGUCAUAUCAAUAAAAUGACAAAACGAAUUGCUUCUGGUAUCGGUGCUAUUAAGCGGUUGAGGUCAUUUGUUUCAUUGGAAACAUUGCAUGUUAUUUACCAAGCUCUAAUACAACCACAUUUUGAUUAUUGUAAUGUCGUGUGGGGAAAUUGUGGGAAAACUUUAUCUAACAAACUUCAAAAACUUCAAAACCGUGCAAUGCGGGUGUUGACCUUUUCCAACUUUGACGCCGAUGCCAAUAGCUUAUUGGAAAAGCUAGGGUGGGAUGAUCUAAACCAACAACGCCAAUUUCAAAAAGCAUUGAUGGUUUUCAAAUCUUUAAACAAUCUUGCACCCGAAUAUCUAUGUUCUAAAUUUACUAAUCGCAAUAAUGUAACUUCUUAUAUACUUCGAGACUCCGUGAACAAACUUGCUGCUCCUUUACCCCGCACCAAUUAUCUUAAAAAUAGCUUUAGCUAUAGUGGUGCAGUGUUAUGGAACAGCUUACCUAGUAAUAUAAGACAAGCGGAAUCUCUUACUGAAUUUCGACAAUUGUUGAAACAUCAUAUUCGAUAGACACGGCAUUCAUGGAAAACAGGUAUAAAUAUUAAUGUAACAUAGGCGUGAAAAAUUUUUUAAACUUAUUAAUGUAUAGAUAACUUUUUUGUAAACCUGAUGAAGCUACCGUGCUUAAAUAAAGAUUUGACUGACUGACUGACUUCCCUCCAUCCGAAAAACCGGAACGUAUACGAUACCCGGUGUUGUGAAUAUGAUAAAGGGUAUUGAUGAUAUGAAAUUACGACAACUUGAAAUGGACGGUCGGACGGAGGCAAGUGGUGAAUUAGUUCGCAAGGGGGAACUUGUUAAGAAUCAACGGAACGUUGAAUCUGGGAGAAAAUGAGGAUUAGCCGCACAGGAAAAGAAUAGACGGACUAAAAUUAAAUUACACAAAAAGGAAAUAAAAAUUUUAGAACUCGAAGAAGAACUGGACAAUACGAACGAAGAGUUCGACGACCUCGAAAUAGAACAUUAUAAUGUUCCGGAAGAGCUAAAAGAUUUACUGACCGAAAAUAUAAAACUUUGGACCGAGAAUAAAAAACUUACGAAAGAAUUAGGAAAUACGAACCACGAACUAGACGAAAUAGAAAAACUAUGUCGGUCGUAAAUAUUUUUUUUUUUAUUUCUCGUAGAAAUAAAAGAACAAUGUCUGAUACAAAGAAGUAAGUGAUCAAUGAUCUGUACGACGCCGCCUUACUCACGGCCGGUCUCGUCGGCGUUUCGUACGCUGCGAAAACCGUCGUCGGAAAAAGUUUGGGGGCAACGAUGACCUUCGAAUGUGCGAUGAAAUUAAGUCUUGCCGUCGCGGGAAGUUCAUUUGCCGUCGCGUAUCUGAAAGAUAAAGGAUACGUUCCUAAAACAAUCAAUAAAUAAAUAAUGACAUCUAAUUUAAUCGUCGGCGGAUUAUUUAAUGCAGUUGCGUUUGCGGGGGCAGGAUUCUUAUUUUCCCAUUUGAAUCAGAACGGGUACAAGGAAGAAGUCAAAAGACAUAAUCAUGCGUUGGAAGAAUUAGCCGAGGCUAAGGAGAAAUUUUACGAAUCCGAAGUGAAAAGACGCAAUCAAGAAUUACGUCGACGUCAAGAAAUUUUAGACGCGAAUCACGAUAUCGAAGAGACGAACAAAGCGUUGGACAAAUUAAGAAAUUAUAGGCGAAAAAUGGAUUUAUCGGCCCAGCACCGUAAACCAAAAUUAAGUGAUUAUUAUCAACCGUCGGACGACAUGCAAAAAUAUAUGUACGUUACCGUAAGUGCCAUCGGUCUCGGUAGCGGAUACGUACUGACGCGAAUUUUUGAAGUUGACGUAAAACUUAAAAAAUUACGUGACGAGAAAACAUUUGAGAACCGUUGAUUUUUUUCGAACGGUUGAAUUUCCUGCCGUAUCGAUAUUUCUAAAUUUUAAUCCAAAGACGGUAAUUUUACUGGUCAUGUGAAAGAAUGUAAACGUCGUACGAACGAUACCACCCGAUUGCGUUUCGGCAAAUAUGGUGACAUUUCCAGUACUUCCACCGUAAAAUCCAUACCUGGGAGAUUGGGUUUCCUGAUUGAUACCGACACCAUUUACUUUAAAAAUAAUGAAUUUUGCAUUUUUUUGAUCGGUUGCCGAGACGGUGGUGGUUUCGAAAAAUCCCGGUGGAUAUCCGGAAAUUUGUGUACGAUCGUACUGAACGGGUGGAUUUCUUCCGAUGUCGUUCAAGUCGAUCAGUUCGGUUUUAUUUUUCUGAAUUUCGGCCGUAUUUCUCUGUUGUAUUUUUUCCAUGUCCGCGACCUUCUUUUCGAGGUCGUUGUUUUCAAAAUAAUCAUACCCCAUGAGUAUACUCAUAUUUUAUUAUCUGAAUAGAAAAUAAGCAACUCCCGUCGAAAGGAUGGUAAUAAUUCCCAAACUUAAAGUUUGUGAAUUCGGAACGGUUGUAUUUUCCUCAGGACUUAUUACAGGUUUUUCCACGGGACUUAUUACAGGUUUUUCCACGGGACUUAUUACAGGUUUCACGGUAUUUACCGUAGGUUUUUCUGGUUCCUCCGUAAAAUUCACCUUUUCGUUCUUUCCAAAGGUCAUACCGUUCUUGGCGAUCGUUAAAAUAUUAUUGUAUCCGGGUAAAGCUUUCCUUAAAAUUUUCAUAUCGGACGGUAUUAAAAUUAAUCCUGACAUGAUAGCAAAGUUGAGACCGACGUGUGUAUCCGUGAUCGCCGUCCGCAUGUUUCGAAUGAUUACGGUGACGUCACUUUGAACAAUACUGUCUUUUAAAACUUUUCGAAAGACGUCUUGCGUCUGUAAACUUUUUGCACCCUGCCCCGUAAUACUCCACCGGGUUUUCGCUUGCGCUCCGAGCACGGCGUAGGUAUAAACUUCGAGAGAUUGCUGAAAGAGCCGUUGUCCUAAUUUCGUCAAUCCACGCGAUAUUUUCGGAAUGAAAAUUUUAUGAUCUUCCGUAACAUUUUUUGGGAAUUUUCCCGUUAAAUAUUUGUAGACGAUGUACGUUCCACCGUAUCGCGUUCGUACGUAAUGUUGGCGUCGAAUUCUACGACGAGUAUCCACAGGUAAUCCGUAAUACCACGUUCCAACAUUCGCAUGCGAGGAUACGGUUCGUCUUUCCCAUGUUUCGCGAACGGGUAUGUGUUUUUGGAUGGUGACAAUAUCAUCUUCGGUCAGAUAAUGAUCCAGUAAUUUUGGAAUUUUCAUGAAUUUUUCCAUUUGAUAAUGAACGUGGAAUUUUACGGUUGAUGUGACCAAGUAAGAAUGGGAAAUGGAAUUAUUCAGGUGAUCUUCGGAAAUUCCAGAUUUGAAGGUAGCGAUGUAACAUGCUGCCAGCGAACAAAAAUAGGAAUUUUUGUGGUAAUCAAACGGAAUUAAAUCCAAAAAUUUUCCCGACUCCGUAUAUUGUGGUGUCGUGUAUUCAAGACCGACUGAAAAAUAGUCUGUUUCCGACACGUAAAUUUUGAAUGUGUGUAAAUCCAUCCCGAACUUAAAAUUGGGUCGAAAAAUCAUAUCCGACGCGACGUUACGCCAUCCGUUCGUCCAAUAUAAAUAUUUCGUCCAAUCCGGAUUAUGUAAAAAUGUAUCGGACGUAAUAUCGUAACUUGUCAGAUCGUCGACCUUGUACGAAAUCUCGGUAGAAUUUACCGUACCAUCUUUGGUAAAGUCGACUUCGAAAUUAAAUUUACUCAAUGUCGCGUUGGGAUAUUUUUUUAAAAAAUUAGUUUUCAUCUUUUGAAUUUCGAGAGGAUAGGCUUUUUUCACCUUUUCAUAAUUUUUUCCGUAAUAUUUACGGAAUAAUUGAUCGUCCAUUUUAUUAUACGACGUAAAGUUCCAUUAAAACAUUUCCCAGUACGAUAACGUGAACGUUAGAUUUCACGUCGAAAUGAAGUUCGUUGUAAAUCCCCGCAUCCGCACCGACUUCGCUUUCGAUGUCGUUGUAUUUCGUCGUCGUUCCAAACAGACGUUUUGUUUCCUUCGAUGGGAAGCGACGUGAUGAUAUUACUGGGAAAUCCCAUCGGAUCUAUAUUUCGGGAUCGGUUCGCUAAAUUACAUCCAACCGUCACGUAACGUAAUCCUUCGUGAAAAGGACGAUCGAAAAGGUAGUGUAUCCCAGCAGACCGUUCAGUUUCCAUAAGUUUAAAGAUUUUAUACCUUUCGUGAAUCCAAUCUUGAUGCGUCCGUCGGGAAAUUCUUCGACGGAUAAUCCGUGACUUUCCAACUCUUUUCGUAAAUUCUUAAACGUCCAGUAUCCUUCGUCCAACGUAACUUUUUUCUUAUCGAUGGAAAAAUAGUCGUUGUACCCUUUUCGAAUAUUUUGAUAAUUCCAGAACACGGCGGCUGUUUUCACGUAGAGUUUGGACGCAUGGGUUAGAACUAACGGAUUCAAUAAUUUGACCGUAGUUUCACCAUUUUCGACGUAUACCGUUAUCUUCUUCAUUGUUUUAUAUUUCCAGGGAAAUAUAAAAUGGGAUUACCUUUGGAUUUAGCCUUACACGAACUUUAUUUUAACGUCAACGGUGGAUACAUGUCGAUGGAAAAAUUAUAUCGGGAUGCGGUCGAAGAAGGCAUCGAAGGCGUCACGCGAAAAAAUGUGAAAGAAUGAUUACAGACCCAGAAUACCUACAUCGUUCAUAAACCGAUCCGAAAACAUUUUAAAACUCAGAGAACUUACGUCAACGGACUUUCACAACAGAUACAAAUGGAUUUGGUGGACAUGAAAAUUUAUAGUCGCGCCAAUAAGGGAAACUGGUGGAUUUUAACCGUGAUCGAAAUUCUAAGUCGGUACGAAUUUGCCGUACCCGUCUAUCGAAAAGAUACUAAAAAUAUGGUACCGGCCGUCGCACAAGUUUUAAAACAAUUUCACGAAAAAUUCGGACGAUAUCCUAAAGUAGCACAGUUUGAUAACGGUUUAGAAUUUUACAAUAACGGUGUCAAGACGUUAUUGAACGAUCACAACAUUCAUUAUUUUUCGACGAGGCUCACCGGUAAGAAAGCGGCGAUCGUCGAAAGAUUUAACAGGACGUUAAAAACAAGAAUGUGAAAAUAUUUUACGGAAAGUAAAUUUACGGAAAAGAUGAAGAGAUGGAUCGACGUCUUACCGGAUUUUGUAAGUUCCUACAAUCAUUCCAAACAUCGGACCAUCGGUAUGAAACCUGCAGACGUAAACGAGGACAAUAAAGACGAAGUCUGGACGAAAAUUUACGGUUACCCGUUAUCGCAUUUUCCAAAACCAAAAUUUAAAGAGGGAGAUCAUGUAAGGGAUAUGAUCUAUCAUAAAAAAUUUGAAAAAGGAUACACGCCGAAUUAUACCGGCGACGUUUACGUUGUGUCGGAAGUAUUUCGCGGUGAUUCGAACAUGUAUAAGAUUAUAGAUCCCGACAACCCCGACAAAGACGUUUUAGGAAGAUAUUACGAACCAGAAUUAUCGUUGGAUUUAAGUAGUAAAUAAAAUGGAUAUCGAACUGAAUGACUUUGGACAACGCGAUGAUGAUUACGACUUGGAUGAUUGGGAGGAAACUAAUGUUGACUUGUACGAAACAGGAUUGGAAGAUUUAGAUAGACGAGACGAUGAAUUAUGGAUGAUGGAUUUUAAAAGGGAGAACGAAGACGAUACGUCCGUCAAGGGAAAAAGAGAAACUAAUUCACUGUAUACGACGUCAACCUGA